UCCACGCCCUGCAGUCAGCUCCUACAACAGUAUUUUGAAUAGCCGUCAUUGGGAUUGAAUUAUAUCAUAUUUGCCUCAUUCAUUCUUGACUGGUGGUUACUGCAAGAAUGGAUCCGUAUGAUAGCGACUCUUCUGGCUUUGAAGAUGAGGGGGACUUCACUGAAACUGGGGUGCUUUUGGGAUACGCCUCUGAGGAGGUGGUCGACGAUGCUAUUACUCAUCUUGGAGGCUGGCCGACAUGGCUUGAUGAUGCUACCCCGCCUCCCGGAGACUUUGCCAAAUGCAAAGUCUGCAACAACCUGAUGGCCCUUCUCCUUGAAUUGCACGGCGAUCUACCUGAUCAUUUCCCUGAUAACGAAAGACGGCUGUACAUAUUUUCUUGUUCUCGAAAAGCAUGCAACCGAAAGCCAGGCAGUAUCAGGGUGUUGCGCUCCACACGACGGCUCAAGGUCCAACAGCCACCAGUAAAAAAGAGCACAAAACAAGAGCCGGAAAAGAAAGUCGAGGAAAAGCUUCAGGCCCCUAAGCCGGAUCUUGGUGCCAGUCUGUUUGGAAGCAAUUCCCUAACCGGCAGUGUUUCUACGAACUCGAAUCCUUUCUCCUCGAACCCAUCAUCGUCAUCAGCCGCGGCAAGCAACCCGUUUGCUGCUCCUGUUGCCAGUCCCGUGCCAGCGCCAGCCAGCAUUGAGAAACCUACAAUUGCCAAUUCCCUUGCUGAAACCUUCGCCGACAAAGUCCGCGUCUCCUCUCCCCCGCCAUCCACCACAGCCCCCGAAGCAGCUGGACCACUGGUCCCGUGGCCCGCGCAGUCCGAAUUCCCAGAGCCCUAUCCACGAUUCUACAUGGAUGCAGAGUAUGAAACUCUCUCCCGACCACCCACGCCCAAAAUCCCCGAAAACGUUACUAUCGAUACCACCGAAGAUGAUGCCAACGGCGGCGCCUCCAUGGACGUGAAAGACGCCUUUGAAUCAGACCUGGACAAGGCCUUCAUUAAAUUUUCCACGCGUCUUGCCCACAACCCAGAACAGGUGCUACGAUAUGAGUUCCGCGGCACACCUCUCCUCUAUUCUCACACCGACAUUGUCGGAAAGCGUCUUCACGACCCCCGAAAUGGCCACUUGGGGGCCCGCGUUACCCUGGCCUCCAAUGGUGGAAGCCACCACAUGCCACGAUGCGAGUCUUGCGGUAGCGAGCGUGUGUUUGAGCUGCAGCUGGUGCCUCAUACAAUCAGUGUUCUUGAGGAUGGCCGUGAUAGUAUCGGUCUUGGAAAGGACGAUGGAGGUAUGGAAUGGGGCAACAUCAUCUUGGGUGUAUGUAGCCAGGAUUGUGGGCCGGAGAAAGUUGGCGCAGUCGGGUGGCGUGAGGAAUGGGCCGGCGUGCAAUGGGAAGAGACAAAAUAAGAAAGAAAAAAAAAAAAAAAAAUAGAUUGGGAUGAAAUACUACUCAUGUGUUUUACGUUUAAUGUUGAUGACUGUAUAUAUAGACAUUC